GUCGAUCGCGGUGGUGGAAACGCGCGCGGAGCCAACGCGGGGAUUCACCGGAUCGAGGACGCGAUAUUCGAGUGUUCCCGGUUCAUUCGAAGCGAAUUUAUUGUGCCGGUUGGAUUGUAUAUAUUUUUUUUGUAGUGAGUUUUACGUGGUUUAGUUACAUCUAGAGAUUUUUUUAUUAAUAUGGUGAUGUACGGAACUGCAGAGCUGUAAUUUAUCGAGUCUCCGCAAUUAUGAGCGCUAGAGGCUCUGCUCAUUACCGAAACUGAAUUCAAGCUGGUUCAAUAUGCAUUGUAAUCAUUCAAGAAAGGCGAUUCGAGUCGAGGCGAUGAUAAUAUGGAUUUUUGUUACCUCCAGCCUAUUCUCUCCGGUGAUAUACGGUAGCAAAAAAGGAUGCGGCGGUACUUACACAGCGGCCAGAGGAAUCAUAAGUACCCCAAAUUUCCCAGGCCCCUUUAAAGUACCCAUAAACUGUCGAUGGGUAAUCGACGCUCAACUGAGCUCUUCCCCCAACACCUCCAUCAUAGUGUAUCUCACGCAGCUGUUCGUCUACGAAGGCCUCACGUUCACCGAGUACCAAAUAUACGGGGACGAUUACAAAAUCAAUCCGAAGAUAAUACACAAAGUGAACGAGACCAACAUCAGCAGAACCAGAUGGCUGAAGACCUAUCAAAGCUUCCUGGUCAUCGAUCUGAAAUUAAACGCAGCUGAUAGCGUUCACCUUAGAGUGUUGGACAAAUUUUUGGACGUCUACGGCUUUAACAUAACUUACGAAAUCACCAGCGGAGCCGUCAGGAGUAAUUCCUGCACUAUGAUGGAUUGCGGGUUCACGGGAAAUUGCUACGACCAUUAUACGAAAUUUAGCUGUUAUUGCUUAGAUGGUUACACAGGACCAAGUUGCUCGAGUGGACCAAAGUCUUAUUGUAAUCCGAAGAAAACGCCGACUUGUAAAAAUGGAGGGACUUGCAUACACGUCGGUGUGGCGGCCGUUCGAUGCGCUUGUACGAAGAAUUUCACCGGUCCUACCUGCGAGACACCUGUUGAAUCUGCCGUAUCGAAAGAGUGCAUUUCGUGCAAAUAUUGUCCGCCAGAGGGCCAUCCCGGAACUUCAUGCAAAUGUUUUGACAAACUCAAAGUUAAUACGUCCGGCACAUUGCUCGGGGAUCGAAACGGAUUCUCGACUACCCUGCAUUUGGCGAAUUUGCCCAAUUUAGACGACGAGAAACUCAAGGAUUAUCUCCGAACGUUGAUUCAAAAAUAUCUGCAAGCCAAUUCGUCUGCUGUGGAAGAAAUAGCAAUCAAAAAUUUCGUGCACUUCAGGAGCGGAAUAGACGUUACGUUCCACGUUUACUGCGCCAAAAAAGAGGAAAAAAGGUUGAGGUCGAUUUUGAACAAAUGGUCCGACAGAGGACAUGUGGGCAAUAUAACGAUUUCGGAGAAGGAUACUUAUUUGAGGUCAUCUUUGCUUUCUGUACAGAGUCUUGACAUUAAUCAAGCCGGUGUUAUAAGAGAAAACGACCAAUUUAUACUUAGUUGCGUAGCCCGAGGAUCUCCUUCCAUAAUAUUUCGUUGGUUUAAAGAUGCCGUGGAAAUUAACGUUACUGCUACCAACCGCAAAUGGACGAAACUGAUUAAGGAUCCUCACGUACCCGAUCAGUACACCGGCCUUUUGGGCGUCGAGCGAACGCAUCCCUACGACGAGGGUUUUUUCACGUGCCAAGUCGAGGAUUUCAAUAUGAAAGAGUGUCUUUCCAAGAAAGUACUCGUCGAAAAAAAACCCUCCAUUAAGAUCGAACCAGUGAGUUUGACAGUGAAAAAGGGCGAGAAUUUUACGAUAAAAUGCGUCACAAACGAAGAAAGAUCGGACGGUGCUAAAUACAUUUACAGCUGGACCAAAAAUAAAGAAUUGCUACCAGUAAGAACGGAUUUCGAAAAAUAUGAAGUCCUCUAUCCUUCCGGCACCAUUCUACAAGUCAAAAAAGCAGAAAAAAACGUGGAGUAUUCCUGUCUGGUGCAAGGCGAGAAAGUGUCCUCGGAAAAAAUGGUAUCGGUUUAUGUAGUGGACAGAAAGGGCGUGUACACGUGCUCGAAGGAGGUUUAUUUGGACAUGUCCUGGCCCGAGACUGCUCCCGACACCAACAGCGUCCUGAGCUGCCCCAAGGGGUACGAGGGCCAAACGACCAGAUAUUGUGCCCUGAAAGACGGCCGCAGGCCCGUUUGGGGCCGGCCCACCUUCUCGCAAUGCACCUACGAGCCCCUCGGACUCGUUUACGAUACGUUUGUUCGCUCAAAGUUGGGAUAUGUGACUUCGACUUGCGAUGAUCUUUUGAGGAGAAUUUUCAAGUACAUAAAGAGUAGCUCCUAUAAAUUAUUGCCCGGCGAAGGAGCUAGAGUGAUAAGUGUUUUGCACGAAAUAGUGCAACAUAUGAUUAGAACGAAAUUGUCGUUUCAAGAUGGUGGAAAUGUUACAAACACUUUGUUUAGUAUUUUAGAUGAUAUUUUGAUGACUCCUAAUGCAUUAACGCAACAGACUGAAAUUAGAGCUGUAUUUGAACUAGUUACUGAAUAUUUGGUAGCUUCGGGAUCUACAAUGAAAUCGAAAGAUGAUAAUUUUAUUCUAACGAUGAAUUCAAUCGAUUUAAACGUACUCAAUCUCACAACUCAUCAGACUAAUAAAUAUUUUCAUCUACCGAAAUUAAUGGAUACAUCUAAAAAAUGGUUAGGCGUUCAAAUAUCAGGAACAAAUCUAAUACCCAAAGACAAAAAACAGCGCUACGUAGCAGGAAUCGUAUUCAGAAACAUAUCCAGCUUCAUGCCACCUCGCCUAUUCAUAAGGAUCAAGGACGGAUCGGAGCUGGAAUACGAAAUAUACUCGCAAAUCGCGGCCCUGCUGCCUUUGCCCGACGCAUUCGAUAUGUAUCCGAUCGCUAUCGACUUCAAACACCAAUUGAUCCACAAAAUGAAUUGGAGCGACGACGAAACGUGGAGCGUUAAAUGCGGAUACGCGGAUUUAUCAACGUUCACCUAUUCAUGGAACAUCUACAGUUGCUACACGGAGCGUUUGAACGAUCAUAAAACCAGGUGCAUUUGCCCCAAACACGGGAUUUUUGCUUUGCUAUUAACUUUAGCGCCCAAAUCUAAAAGCGACGAAAGCGAAUCGAAUUUGUAUAUUUUAUUGAUCGGUUGUUCGAUAGGUAUCGUUUUUACUCUAAUUACGACAAUUUGUUUGGCUGUUUCCUGUUAUUUGAGGCCCAAAUCGAGCGUGACGUUUCUAAAAUUGCAGUGCUCGGUGUCGAUUUUGGCCGCAGGAGUAUUUUUCGUAAUUGCGACAAUAACAGGACCGCCUCAGGCGUAUUUUUUAUUUUUUCUCACGUCCAUCGAGACGAGCAUUUUACUCGGAUUCGCCAGUCACUUGAGCAAAUUGUUGAUGAUAUUUACCGAAUUGAUCAAUUUACCGAAAACUAUGACUUCGAAAUUCACAGUCGUGGGAAUCAUUUCAGGGGUGCCGGUGAUUACCGUGUUCGCUAGUCAUUUAUCCUACGAAACGAUGGACGUUAAAUUGGAGUCUUGGUGGAUCCUGAGCGGGACUUUAUCCUUUAAUAUAUUCGUCUGUGUCACUUCGAUAAUGACGAUUUUGUUCGGCUUCGUUUACACCACGGUAAUUAAGAAAUUGAACAAUCUUAUCAAGAUUAACGAAAAGUACGCCAAGCCUUUGAAUAAGAGGUUGGGGUUGUUGAAAAGAUCUUGUUGUAUAUUCGUAUUCCUGAUUCUGUUUUCUGUGAGCAGCAUAGUUUAUAUUAAUUUUCCCAACAAGUUGUGGAGUAUCGGUCAAUUUAGCGCUUCUAAUGCUUUAACGGGAAUCGUCCUCCUGCUGCUCUACGUCGUGAAAUCCGAAACGAAAUGCCGACAACUGUUCGUCGGAAAAAAGAAAACCGAAAACAUCUUUUUCAGCUACAAUUCAUCGCAUUCAUCCCCCUUAAACUUUAUCACGAAACAAGACCCCGAAGUGGAGAACGACUCGAGUCCUCACAUCAAACCGGACGCCCAGCGGCAAUUCGCGAUGUCCAGCCGGGAAAUCUCCAAACCCUCGAUGCCCGGCAAAUCGCCGGGCAUCGCGGCGACCUUCGAAAGCUGCCUGCACAACAUCCCCGCCUGCACGGCCCGCGUCGACGUCGCCGACGCGACGCCCCACUUCAAACAACCACCCUUGGAAUUCUACAGCUGCAGUCCGAUGAAUUUCCGCAAAUUUCCCGCAGCCUGCUCGCCGGACAUUCUGUCGAACAAAGUGUGCGCGGAGCUCGACCUGGUGGCGUCCAGCCUGCAACGAUCCCCGACGCCGGAAGAGGCGAUAGCCAGGAUACUGGACUAUCCCAAGAUUCCCAAGCACCAGGUGGAUUCGCAGCAAUGCCGCGAGCGCACCCAGCCCGACGGGCGCGACGAGAAGAUCGCCGGCGAGACGACGCUGAGCACCGUCGAGGAGGUGAGCGAGACCGAGCCGGAUUCGCCCGAAAGCUCCGAAGCUCGCGAUAAGUUGGACGGUGUGCUGGACAGCAUCACGCAGGACCUGGAGUAUCUGUUGAACGACAGCGAGGAGGUGGAGGUGUCGACGCUGAAGAGGGCGUCGAAGCGCGUCGUGGGUAAGGACGUGGAAAGCGUGUCGAUUCGCAGUAAAUGUUGAGUGCAUAAAUUCGAUGGAAAUGCAGCUGGUGAUUCGGCGCUUGCGUGUAACGAGAAAGUUUAUUUUCCUCUUCGCGAGAGCUUUAAAUUCGAACAAGUCGACUAAACGAGUUGGUAUUUUCGCGUCUUGGACCUGUGUUGUUUCUACCGAAGCGGCAUAAUGAAACUCGGUUGUUAACUUUCUUGUGUCUUUCAGGGGUUUUUUUUUGUUUGUUUGCGCCUGGACAUUUUUGUAUCCUUUUCCUUCGUGAAUUAUGAGGGUUUCGGGUAACUUUAAAUUCAAUUUCUAUUACUGUGUUUUUCCGGAAACAAAGAGAUCGGUAACGCAGUUACAAAAGAUGGAAAAACGGUCGUACACUGCUCGAAAUAAUUGGAGAAUUACGUCACAGAAAUUUUUUCCUUCAUCCAAACUAAUUAACGUUGGCAGUUUUUUAAUGAGCGCUUGCAUAAUUUAAUCCCGGAUUUUGUGAUAACGGCUGAAUUCCCCAACGAAGUUUAUAGCGAAAAAAAAAACCUAUGAAGCCAAAUGAUUACAUAACUCUGUACAAAAAUUUUCACUGUGUUUGGACGAGCUGAAUGUUGUUAUAUAAAUAUGUACAAAUCAAUAAAUUAACUAUCUGUGAUUUCAAUAAAACUUUUUUAUCAACAAUGGUAUUAUUUUCACGCUGCCUAGUUUACACGACCGGACUAAAACCUACAAAGCCCGAAGGCUGGAAAAAUCCGUCGAAAUAAAGAUCCGGCGUACUCGAGUCAUAUGCAAUUUAAGCCGGAGCACUUCCACUUCCUUUCCCGUUCUACGAAUUUAAAACCUUUUCGAUGUUUCAGCUCAAAUGUGAGAGGCUUCUCCCUGGCUGUAAGUAUGUGAUUUAUUUAGGCUUUAAUAAGAAAUCAUUA